AUGACACCAGAAGAGAACUUUAAAGAGAGCGAUGAGUCCAGAAGCAUCAUCGAAGACACUCCAAAAGACGAAUCUUUGGAUAAUAAAGACACUCGCAGUUUGGAAGUAAAUGCGGUUGAAGCGUUGGAGAGCAAAUCAUACAAAGAUUAUAUUUGGAUCACAAUUCUAUGUUUCAUGAUCGCCUUUGGGGGAUUUGUAUUUGGCUAUGAUACAGGAACAAUUUCUGGGUUUGUCAAUAUGACUGAUUUCAUCGACAGGUUUGGCCAAUUGAACGACAAUGGGGAAAGAUAUUUGAGCAACAUACGAACUGGAUUGAUUAUUUCAAUCUUCAAUAUUGGAUGUUGCAUUGGUGGAUUGGUUUUCUCCAAAGUUGGAGACAUAUACGGACGAAGGAUUGGAUUGAUGUUCUCCAUGGUUAUUUAUAUCAUUGGUAUCAUUGUUCAAAUUUCGUCACAAACCCACUGGUACCAGAUUUGCAUUGGCCGUGCUAUUACGGGACUAUCUGUCGGUACAGUUUCUGUCAUUUCUCCCAUGUUUAUUUCCGAAUCUUCACCAAAAGUGUUGCGCGGUACUUUGGUUUGUUGUUUCCAAUUGUGUAUAACUUUGGGCAUUUUCAUUGGUUAUUGCUGCACCUAUGGUACUAAGAAGUUGACAAACUCGGCCCAAUGGAGAAUUCCUCUUGGAUUAUGUUUUCUUUGGGCAAUUUUUUUGGGGGUGGGUAUGUUGUUUAUGCCAGAAUCACCAAGAUACUUGGUUGAAAAGAAACGUAUUGAGGAUGCAAGAGCAUCAAUUGCAAAGUCAAACAAAUUGGCAAUUGAUAAUAAGGUGGUGAGCUUGGAGUUGCAGUUGAUCCAAGCUGGUAUUGAUAGGGAAGAAAUGGCAGGAACCGCAUCUUGGAAGGAGUUAAUCACUGGUAAGCCAGCAAUUUUGAAAAGAGUCCUCACUGGUAUCGCAUUAGCAUCGUUGCAACAAUUGACGGGUAACAAUUACUUUUUCUACUUUGCAACAACAAUAUUCAAGGCAGUGGGGUUGGAAGAUUCAUUCAAAACGUCGAUGAUUUUGGGGUGUGUUAAUUUUCUUUCCACUUUUGUCAAUAUUUGGGCCAUUGAAAGGUUUGGAAGAAGACUCUGCUUGUUGAUUGGGUCAACCGGUAUGUUUAUCUGCUUUGUCAUCUAUUCCGUUCUUGGGUCAACAAACUUAUAUGAAACUAGUGAUUUCCAAAACUCCCCAACCCAUUUGCCAACAGGAAGAGCCAUGAUUUUCAUCACUUGCUUGUACAUAUUCUUUUUUGCAUCCACUUGGGCCGGUGGUGUUUAUGCAAUCUUGUCGGAAACUUAUCCAUUGAGAGUCAGAUCCAAAGCAAUGGCUGUUGCCAUCGGAUCAAAUUGGAUCUGGGGGUUCUUGAUUUCAUUUACAUCAUCGUUUAUCAUCAACUCCAUCCACUUUUACUACGGUUUUGUUUUCACUGGAUGCCUUGCAGUGUCUGUGGUGUUUGUGUACUUUUGCAUCAUGGAAACCAAAGGAUUAACAUUGGAGGAAGUUGAUGAAAUGUAUUCGCAAGGUAUAUUGCCUUGGAGGUCGGAGAGUUGGGUACCACCCUCACAGGAGGAAAUGGCUACAGCAACAGGGUAUGCAAAACCAAAGCAUGAACAUGUUUCUGACGCUUAG